UAAUAACUAUUAAAUUUUUAGCCAACGAUAUUUGUUAGUGUUACUAAAUUUAAUUGACCGUUAAAACAUGAUAGAUAUUUCUGUAAUAUCUUAUCCAAGAAAAAGCAAAAAAAAAAAUCAUCAUCCACAAAAUCACAACACAUCAAUCCAUGUAGAUGCAAGAGAAAGUAAAACCCAAGCCCUAAAAACAAAACCCAACCCAGCCCCACCCAAACCAAGCCUUAUAGCGAAGUCGAACGUACGUACAAGAACACAAACACAACCUCCGCCACCUACACUUUAUCCAGAGAUUCCGACGCCGACGCCGACGACGACGAUGUCGACCGCCACCGCCGCCUCCGCCGCCGCGUCGUCGAAGAGGGCGCUCCUCGCCGACGACGUGCCGUGGCGGGUCGCCCCCGGCGGGGGGAAGAAGCCGGUGCCGAGGAUCCACCACGGCCCCCUCCUCCGCGUCCCCCAGAACCCUAGCACCAGCCACGCCCUCGCCGUGAUGAGGCAUCCGAAUCCGGUGGGUGAGGGUUUCGCCAUGGAGGCGAAGCUUGAGGCGGCGGGGCCGGAUUGCGUUGUGCCGGGGCAGAUUACGCCGGUUAAGCUGCUGGGAUUGAAGGUCUGGCCUAUUGAUGUCAACUUUAACUUUCUGGAACCUGUUGGACGGGAGCUACGGUCCAUUGGAAAGUUCAUGGAUUCGGCGAUCAACCUCAUGAACGCAUCUUUCCAAGAUCGGUAGUUACAUGCGGCAGUACUGUACUAUAGUCUAUCUGCAAGCUGUCCUUCUUGCAAAUGUCCGCAAUCUACAAGAGUGUAUACGGAGACUCGAGCGAAAUACACAAGAGCUUGUUUUUGUCAUGUCUUUGUUAGAUGUAUUAUGGAGCAGCAGAACAAAGAUACUUUAUUCUAUUUUGCGUGCAGAACUUUGUGUUGUUA